AUCGAUGUAAGUAUAAAAUCCUCAUCUUUGGUUUUCUGUUUGUUUGCCGAGAAAGUAGGUUGGAAAAUCAGAGAAAUUGCUGACUCGGGUAUUUUAGUGUUUGAAAUUUCAUAUUUGAUAGUGAUAGUAUAGUCAUCUAACUCCUUGUCUGCUUAAGUCUUAUGUCUGUAGUCAAGACAUCUGCUUGGUUUGUUGUUUCUGCAGAUCUGUUGUUAAAUAAUGAGAGAGAUCCUUCACAUUCAGGGUGGACAAUGUGGGAACCAGAUCGGUGCUAAGUUUUGGGAAAUGGUCUGUGAUGAGCACGAUAUUGAUCCGAUAGGACGAUACAAUGGAAACUCUGAUCUGCAACUAGAGCGUGUGAAUGUCUAUUACAAUGAGGCUUCGUGUGGGCGAUUUUGUCCCGCGUGUUGUGCUCAUGGAUCUGGAACCAGGUACUAUGGACAGUGUCAGGACUGGUCCCUACGGUUAGAUCUUCAGGCCUGAUAACUUUGUGUUUGGUUAAUCUGGCGCCAGUAACAACUGGGCUAAGGGCCAUUACAUUGAGGGAGCUGAGCUCAUUGAUGCUGUUUUUGAUGUUGUGAGAAAGGAGGUAGAGAACUGUGAUUUGUCCCAGUCGUUGGUGCUGGGUUCCUUCGAACCCAGUAGGGAGGGGAAGGAGAAAAGGAAAGAGAAGGAGAAAAAAAAAAUUUUUUAUUUAUU